AUGAACAACUUUCGCGACUCCAUCACGAGGUACACCACCUCUUCCUCCGUCAUCUCCCCCGUCGCGAACUCCCGCGGGUCGGAAAUGCUGCUACUGCUGAGGCCUCGAGUGCGACCGGUGCGAUUGGCCGAAUCUGCCUUGGGUGCCGCAGCCGCAACCGCAGCUGCCGUCUCUGCCUGGAAGGCCUGCAGCCGCGACUGCCUUGAAAAAGACGAGAGAGGGCUAUUCGCAUCUCGUUUCAGCGCGGCGGUGUUGUGGGCCGGGUUCAGCAGCAGCUUGCCGAUAAUGACCUCUGCCUUUGAAAGCCCAAUCAUUGUCUCGCAGCUCGACUAG